AGUCCCCUCUCUUCUGAUUGGUAGACGCACGGGCUUCUGCGAUCUCCAUUGGCCAUUUCGUGUAACAAAAAGUUCGCCUCUUUCAUAUGGAGCCCCGCCUUUUUACUAGAAUCUUGAGACACCAGUUAAAAAAAAUAACAAAAAAAAAAAAAAAAAAAAAAAACACCCACAUGGUUUAUAUUAUUGCAUCCCUGGUCUAUGAAUGAAACACGGGCAAGUUGACAUCCUCCUAAGGAUUACUUUUCGCCAUUGGGUUUAAAAGGACAAAAAAACAGUUUCAACAUGACGACAGAAGCCUGUUCGGUAGGCGAGGCGGAGAGCCAGCAGAAGCCCAGUGAACCCGAGGCAGAGCAGCGGCCCCCACCAGCCCAGGAACCCGUCGUCUUGGCGCCCCAGGAAAGCGCAGGACCGGGGGACAGCUCGAAGGAGGGGCAGGACAAGCCCAGCGAGACCCCCAGCUCUCCCGCGGAGGAGCAGCUGAAACCCCGGAGCCGAUCGUCUGCCGGCCGCGGACUCUCGCGCCUCUUCUCCUCCUUCCUGAAGCGCCGCUCGCAGUGCUCGGAGGGAGAGGGGGCGGUGCCAGACAACACAGGGGGCGGAGACAAGGACAAGGAGGCGGGGCCCGAGGUCCAGGAAGAGGAAGUGCUGCUGAAAGCUCCCAUCGCUGAUCCGGAACCCGAACUGAGAACCGAGGGGGACCCUGCUCUUGACCUCCACUCACUGAGCAGCGUCGAGACACAGCCAGCGCAGGAGGACCAGGACACAGAGGAGGAAGAGGAGGAAGAAAAACAGGCAGGACCCAAGACAGAGGGAGGCAAGGAAGGAGGUGACUCGGAGAGUAAACCCACUGAGGAGUCCAAACCUGCCCCAAAGCCGCCCCGCAAACCCAGAGCCAUGCGCUACAAAGUCUCCCUGCUGGACGAAGAGGUCUACGAGUGCGAGUUGGACAAACAUGCAAAGGGCCAGGAGUUGUUCUCGAAGGUCUGUGAUCAUCUCAACCUCCUGGAGAAAGACUACUACGGACUGGCGAUCUGGGAGUCAUCUACAGUGAAGACAUGGCUGGACCUUACGAAGGAGAUCAGGAAGCAGGUGCAAGAAGUUCCCUGCAGCUUGACAUUCAAUGUCAAAUUUUACCCCCCUGAUCCUACCCAGCUCACAGAGGACAUCACAAGGUACUACCUGUGUUUGCAGCUGCGGAAGGACAUUGCGUCGGGACGACUGCCCUGCUCCUUCGUCACGCUGGCCCUCCUGGGCUCCUACACGGUGCAGUCAGAGCUGGGAGAGUACGACCCCGACCUGCACGGCACGGACUACCUGAGCCAGGUGCGGCUCGCCCCCAACCAGACCAAGGAGCUGGAGGAGAAGGUGAUGGCGCUCCAUCGCACAUACAGGUCCAUGACUCCAGCCGAGGCAGACCAGCAGUUUCUGGAGAACGCCAAGAAGCUGUCCAUGUACGGGCUGGACCUCCAUCAGGCCAAGGAUUUGGAGGGCGUGGAAAUCAUGCUAGGGGUGUGUUCCAGCGGGCUUCACGUCUACAAGGACAAGCUCCGAAUCAACCGCUUCUCCUGGCCCAAGGUCCUGAAGAUCUCCUACAAGAGAAGCAGCUUCUUCAUCAAGAUCCGGCCCUCUGAGCAAGAGCAAUACGAGAGCACCAUCGGGUUCAAGCUGCCCAAUUACAGAGCCUCAAAGAAGCUGUGGAAGGUCUGUGUGGAGCACCACACGUUUUUCAGGCUCACCUCUACAGAAGCCACCACCCCACGGAGGUUCCUGGCUUUGGGCUCCAAGUUCCGGUACAGCGGACGGACCCAAGCCCAGACCCGCCAGGCCAGCUCUAUGAUCGACAGGCCGGCCCCUCUGUUCCAGCGCACUGCCAGUAAGCGUGCUUCUCGGAGCCUCGAUGGAGCGAGGGGUAAGUCUGCCCAGUCUGAUUUGAAGCCGGUAGCGGAGAGGAAGGCGGAGGAUUGGUUUAUACUGCUGGACCCUACCCAUUCAGAACCCGCCCUCGAGGGCUCAGUUGGGGGUGAGUCCCACCCACCUCAGCCAAUAGGAGCAGAGAAGAAGGAGGAAGAUGAUUGGUUUGUGCUGCUGGACCCCUCCCGUUCAGAACCCUCCCCUCGGCCCCCAGUGGAGGGUAAGUCUGCCCAGUCUGAUUUGAAGCCGGUAGCGGAGAGGAAGGAGGAAGGUGAUUGGCUUGUGUUGCUGGACUCCGCCCACUCAGAACCCGCCCCUCAGCCCCCAGCGGAGGGUAAGGCUCCCUAUCCUGAGCCAAUAGCAGCAAAGAAGGCGGAAGUGGAGGAGGAUGAUUGGUUUGUGCUGUUGGACCCCACUCGUUCAGAACCCGCCCCUAAACCCCCAGCGAUGGUGGUGACCCCUGAUAAAAGCCCUCGCCCCGUCAGCGCCCCAGUCAUCUCCCAGGCACCACCGGGAGAGGCCAGAGCUCAGGCGCCCGUCACGGCCAAGCAGGACCAGCGGGAGGUCACGAUAGCGGUCACACAGGAGGAGAGGAAAGUAGAGGUCAAGCCCGAGGUCAAACCAGCUGAGCUGCCCUCCAGACCAGAGCCAGUGCAAGUCAAGAUGCGGAGAGAAGCGAGAGAAGCCCCGACAGUCACAGCCACAAACGGGGACAAAUCUCAGCGCCCCCCGGUGGCUGACGAGGAGCUGGUGCGAAUGCGGAAGAAAAGAGCUAAGAAAAUUGAGGGUGAAACUAUUUAUAUCAGACAUAGCAAUUUAAUGUUGGAGGAUCUGGACAAGACGCAGGAUGAGGUCAUGCGUCACCAAGCCAGCAUCAGCGAGCUGAAGAGGAACUUCAUGGAGUCUGUCCCAGAGCCGCGGCCCAGCGAAUGGGACAAGCGGCUCUCUACCCACUCCCCCUUCCGCACCCUCAACAUCAACGGACAGGUGCAGCCGGGGCCCGAUGGGCAUGUGAGUGAAAGUACUAAGAAAGAGGAGGUAGAGUGUGGGGAGGAAACGGCUCUUGAGGAAAAUCGGGGGGUUGCAGCUCCAGCAGGCUCCUCUUCCUCAGAGACCAGUGAGGAGGAGGAGGAGGAGGAGGAGGAGGAGGAGGAGGAGGAACACGAGGCUGGCUCCUUUCUCCACAGCAAGGAAGAGCUGUGCUGGCAAGCUGGUCCAGAAGCCAGCCUGGAAGCACAGGCACCUCAAGCCUCAGCAGUGCUUGAGGCCGUACCUCCAGACCGCUCUGUCGCAGAGGAGAAGCCUGUAGAUGACCGAGCGGAGAGCAGGCAGGCAGAAAAGGAGCCGCCUUUAGAGGUUACAGGAGAUUAUUCCACCUCCUCCCCAGAGUGCCAGAGAACCCCUUACCUCAUUCGCUGUUUCCAGCCUCCCCUGGUGAAGACCCAGACUGUCACCAUCUCCGAUGUCGCCAACUCGGUCAAGAGCGAGAUCUCCACCAAGGAGGUGCCCAUCGUCCACACCGAAACCAAGACCAUCACCUACGAAUCGGCACAGGCAGAAGCCAGCGGUGCAGAUAACGAUGUGGGAGUUCUUCUGAGUGCGCAGACCAUCACUUCUGAAACUGUGAGCACCACCACCACCACCCAGAUCACCAAGACGGUGAAGGGAGGGAUCUCGGAGACACGGAUUGAGAAGAGGAUUGUCAUCACUGGGGAUGCAGACAUUGACCAUGACCAGGCUCUCGCCCAGGCAAUUAAAGAGGCGAAGGAGCAGCACCCGGACAUGUCCGUCACCAAGGUGGUGGUGCACCAGGAGACAGAGGUCGCUGAGGAGUAGAGCCAGCCGGCCGGUCGGCCAGGCCUGAGGGGAGGGAAACAGAAGAACACCAAGAACAUGUGCAAGUAGACUCCCCUCCUUUAUUUCCUCGCUCUUGAACCUGAAUCAAACCAGCAAGUCUUAACGAACCUGAACUGGGACCAGAGGGGUGGAGAGAGCUCUCCUGGAUUUCAAGCCGCCUCUUUUUAAACUCUUUGUGAUGUCUGAAGAGCUCCCUUUGUUUUACAAAGAUGUGGAGUCUAGAUUUGCGGACGGACUACGCAUCAGGAAUGGAGGGUGUGAGCUACGUUUUGUACAGGGAGUGUCGCUUCAAAACAUACUCAUCUCAAGCAGAUUAAAAACCAAGCAAUGACUCUCCUACAAACUUCUGUUAAAAUCUUCCUACCCCCCCACACCAGGGAGGACUGUUUCUACUGAGCAUGCUCAGGAUUACAUCACAGCAGGGGGAGGGGUUGGUUUUCAUUAUUAGCUUAUAGCUGUAGUUGAUUGGUUUAGCUAAGCUGGAAGUUUGUAGGGUGUAGGGAUUUACCGCUGAUCGACCGCUCCGCAGAUCUGAAGGAAAAUGUUUUGCAUUGAAAACGGAUCAUUCUGGCACAUUCCCCUUUUUAAAGUAGGAAAAUCUUUCUGUAGCUUUUAGUGUUUGUUACACAGGUCCCUAAGAGAGCCACACAGUCCUGUGUUUCUGGUUUUUUGCCUCUAAUUAGAAUUUCUAGUGAGCUGCUUUGCUCCUAGCCAAUCACGGGAGACCAGGAGUGUUUUUUAAUUGAAAUCUUUAUACAGCUUUUUUUAAUUACAUGAACCAAACUCAUUUUUAUCUAAUUGUGAAGUUACUAGAUGUUGUUUUUUUUUUAAAGAUUAUUAAGCAUCACUUUUAGUAGGUGAGGGAACCGGAUAGGAAUUGUCUUCUACUGCUGUUUCUUGUGUGUGCGUGUGCAUUUUAGAAAAUAAAGCUUUUUAAUAUAUAGUCUUGAGUUUUCUAUAAGGUAUAAAGGAAUUGCAGAGUGUGGCGUUGCAAUGCUGCUGUAGCUUCAAGAGUUUUUAUACUGUGAAUUUCAGGGCUCUCCUGCUUCUCUUGUCUCUGAUUGUGUAAUAAAGGGAAAGCACAUCACGCUAGACUGGAAGAGUAGACUGUACUGGCUAUCGGAGCAAAGGGGCUCUCUGAGACAAUAGGCAUUAAAUAGGUAUGACAACAUAUCCUGGGCAGGAAAGAGUUAAGGAAAGAAAAUAUUUCUAAUUUGUAUUUUCAGUGUUUCUUCUUGGAAAACCAUAAGCAAUCAUCAUCCCUAAGCUUUUACUUUCCAGUCUACCAGUGUAUACUCUUCCUUUUUAAAUUAAGAAGCAUUCCUGUAGAUGGGAUAUUUUAAAUGUUUACUCUGUUUUAAUCAGUAUGCUUUCUAUAGUGUUCUCUACAAAGUGUUUUUUCUUUUUUCUUUUACCGAGGCUUGUUGAACUGUUUCUUAAAACCUGCACAUUGGGAAUGGAGGAGAACUUGGUACACGACUGUGAUCUGAAUAGUCUGUACGUUCAGAAUGGAUUUGAAUGGCCCCAGCAAAUACAAUACAACACAAUUAAACCAGACGCACUUAGUUGUGAAAUCUAUAUGAGCUGAAGAUUCAUUGUGGUAUAUUCUUGGAAACCAGCAUAUUUGAAUACAAUACACUGCAGUACUGGGGAUCUGUGAGCCAGCAAAUGUAAUCCAGUUUACUGACUAGCUUACCCAUUAUGAAUCAUUCAUACAUUCCAUACAGGUGUGCUGUUCUCUUCCACCCCCCCCCCUACAGUGAAUGUAAUCUGAAAUAGCUUGUAACAAAAAGCUUAAAUACAGCUUUUAUCCAAACUGCACACAUGGAAACCUGUUCGGAUGUUAAAUGUUAUAAAACGUUUACCAGUGGCUAGCAGUUCUACUGGAAGCCAGCAGGUGGCACUAUUUGACCAGGUGUCUGUUCCUUCUGUAAUCUCACCAAGUCAGAUGAAUUGAGGAUGAUUCACAACUGCUAGUGGUUUUAUUGUCUUUUUGUCUGUCUCAAUUCCAGUGGUGAUGUUGGUGCACCUUGGAUGAAACAGUUCUAAAAACAUAAAACUAUUUUUGAACUUUCGAGGAAGCCCAUUUUCUCCAAGAUUGGCUCCGAUGUGAUUAUUGAUUAGUGGUGGGGUUGGAUCAUUUAAAUGUCUUCUCGUUAUUAAGUCUGUGCUCCAGCGUCCUUGAUGAGUUUUGAAGAGCGAGAGCAGCAGUAGCAAUCUAGCUGGAGUCCUGAAUCCUAGCUUGGGUCGCCCUGAAUCCUAGCUCGGGUCGCCCUGAAUGCUAGCUCGCGUUGCCCUGAAUCCUAGCUCGCAUCGUAUCUGGCUCAGGGACAUUUCAACAGCGUGACUCAGCUCAUCGCAUCGCUGGAAAAUGAUUAACAACUCGAUUUGCAUGAGCUGAAAUCUGUGUGACAGUUUGCUUUCCAAAGAAACUGUUUCUUGCUGCGCCGUAUGUAAGCCAGUGACUGUUUUAAUUUAUUCUGUAGUUUUAGCACUUGUAGAACUCUGAGAGUUGCAGUUAAGCAAUACACAAACCUAGUGAUGCUUUGCUGUUUUGAAAUCCAGGCUGCCGUUUUUCAUUGAAUUGAAGUGGAGUUCAUAGCUGUUGCAAUUCUCGUUUGUGGAACAAUGACCUUUCGAUUGUGGGGCACUCUGUUAGGGGCUUUGCAUCAUCAGGAUCUAAAGUUGCAAGAUGCAGCCAAUUUUGAACCCAGGUUGAAAUGUUACAGGCUUUAACCAUUUCAACAGCUGACAAGGCCGCACGCAGCAUCUCUUUCUCUAAGACUGUUUCAUCAGUGGGGCAGAUUGGUUACAAACCACACCUGCAGCAUCACAGCUAUCCAAGACUUGUCAGCCAAACUUUUUUUUUAAUGUGCUAAUUAAUUUAAGUUUUAUAAAUUUAAACAAAACCGAUCAAAGCAACUAUUGUUUGCCUCUGUCUAAUCUCGACCCUCACAUUAAUCAGUUCACUAGAUGUUCCCUUCUCACCGCAGGAUCUACCCAAACAGUGAAGGAUCUUUUAUUUUGUAAAGCUUUUUAAAUACCGAUGGCUUGUAUAGAAUUCGGUGGAUACUUUUUUCUGUAGAUCUGUUAUGUGAUAUAUAUUACACACACACACACACACAAGACAAACAAAUAUAGGAACAUUCUGAUGCCAGAUUCUUUGCAUGUCUUUUAUAGGACCUUUCAAACUGUAGCGGGGGAAAAAAUGAGAACUCGAUUUCUUUAGUGUCUUUUGAUCUUUAUAGUACACGCAAUAAGAAACAAGUUUAAUAGUUGUUAAAUAGGCACUAGACGUGUUGAGACUUUGCUACAUGUGUUUUUUUUGUUGUUUUUUUUCCAAAAAACUUUGAAGAUGCCUGAUACAUGUUUUUGCUCCAGUAUUAAAAUGUAUCCUCGAAUCUUU